AUGCAUCCACGUACAAUGCCGCCAAUGGAAUGGUUACCAACAAGCAUUAUCGAUUGGGGAGUACCUCUGCUGAUCAUCACAGGGGUUACGGCUGGCGCUGGCUGGCUGUUGGGGCAAAGCUACCUGAAUCACCCCAAUAACCGCCUUUAUAGACAGCUCGCGUUUGUCGGAUUGUUUAUUUUCUCCCAGAUGGCGCUGGCUAUUGCACUGCCGUUUGACGAUGCCACCCAAAGCCAGCUGUUGACCCUGUUUGGUUAUGCCCUAACCGCCGUCAUUGCAUUAUCGUCCACUUCAUUUGUCAGUAACGCUAUGGCGGGAUUGAUGCUGAAAGCCAUGGGCACAUUCAAAACAGGAGACUUUAUCCAGGUUCUGGAUCAGUUUGGCCGGGUUACCGCCAAAGCCCUCCUGCAUACCGAAAUUCAGAGCGAGGACCGCGACGCCAUCGCUUUACCCAACAUGUUUGUCAUCAGCAACCCGGUCAAAAUUGUAGAUCAGAGUGGCACUCUGGUUUCUGCCGAAAUUGGUAUUGGCUAUGACACACAUCGGCGCAAAGUUCGUGAGCUGUUACUUGUUGCCGCUGAGGCAGCGGGUUUAACCGACCCGUUUGUGCAGAUCCUCGAUAUUGGUGACUUCGCCGUGCGUUACCGGGUAACUGGCUUUCUGACAGACGUCGGUAAACUUGUCAGUAUGCGCAGCGAUCUGAAAGCACAGAUACUCGACACGCUGCACAAUGGGGGCGUCGAAAUCAUGACGCCUUCGGUUAUGAACCAACGGCCCCUUGAUCCUGAAAAACCUGUGGUGCCGGUGGAGCAGGUCACCUCUGAAGACGACAGCGAUCAUGGUAAAGCCGAACGCAUGAUGUUCGAUAGAGCUGACCUUGCUGCACGCAUUGAACGAUUUCGUGAGCACGCCAGAACCCUUGGUGCGGAAAUUAAAGAACUCGAAGACCAGGGUCUGGUAAGAACUGGCGCACUGGAACCGGUUGGCCGCAUGCUGGGUAAACUAUGGGGGCGCGCACCUUUCCUUUCUCUGCUGUUGACGCUUGUGGUGGGUGCGUUCCUGUCCGCUUUUGUUAACAACACGCCUAUCGUCGUAUUGCUGUUACCGAUACUGAUCAGCGUCUGCCUGCGCAACAAAUCAUCGCCAGCAAAAGUGUUGAUGCCGAUGGGUUUUGCGACGCUCCUCGGGGGUAUGGCGACCACCAUCGGCACCUCAACGAACCUUCUGGUUGUCAACGUAGCGGCUGAUCUGGGGCUAGAAGCAUUUGGCUUAUUCGAUUUUGCGCUGCCCGCGUCUAUUGCUGCCUGCGUAGGUGUCGUCUAUCUGUGGCUGAUAGCCCCUCUGCUUCUGCCAGAACGCGAAUCCAAACUGUUGGAUCCUUCGCCACGUCUGUUUAACGCCCGCCUGCUGCUGAAAGAAAAUUCUCUUGUGCUGGGCAAGACUCUGGGUGAAGCCAUCGCACUUACAGGUGGUGAUAUGAAAGUGGUGCGCGUCCGUAGAGGCGAAACCAUGGUCAUGCCGCUGCCGGAUGUGGUGCUGAAAGUCGGCGAUAGACUUCGUGUACAGGACACACCCAGCAACCUGAAGAAGUUCGAAGAAGCGCUGAAAGCUGAAUUGUACUCAGGUGACACCCGUGUAGACGAUGAACAUCCGCUGGCUGGCGACAAUCAGACCCUGGCUGAAAUUGCCGUUGUGCAGGGUUCCAGCCUCGACCGGGCCAACCUGAGUUAUGCGCGCUUUCUCGAUCGCUACCAGCUUGCGGUACUUGCAUUACAUCGCGCCGGCAAAGAUGUAUGGCGUGCCACGGAGGAAAUUCACGAAGUGAUUCUCCAGCCUGGCGACGUGUUGCUGGUACAGGGCCCCAAGGAACAGCUCAGCCUGCUGAAACGUUCCACCGAGUUUAUGGUGUUGGACAGCAGUAUCGACCUGCCCAGUUCAGCCCGCGCACCGCUGGCUCUGGGCAUUCUGGCAACUGUUGUCGCCAUAGCCGCCCUGGGCAUCAUGCCCAUCGCCAUCACCGCGGUCGCCGGUUGCGCAGCAAUGCUGUUAACACGCUGUCUAUCCAUAGGUGAGUCGCUGCGCGCGAUCAGCCCAUCCGUUUAUUUUGUAGUUGCUGCAAGUCUGGCGCUGGGGAUGGCGCUACAGGUUACCGGUGCCACGGUUUAUCUGACUGAAGUAUUUCUGUACGUGACAGCAGGUUCCCCGCCGAUUGUUGUGCUCUCGGCCCUGAUGUUACUGCUGGCGGUUUUAACCAACAUCGUCUCCAACAAUGCCGCAGCGGUGAUCGGCACACCUAUCGCGGUCGGUAUUGCUCAGGCACUACAACUGCCUGCAGAACCUUUUGUGCUGGCAGUUCUGUUUGGGGCUAACAUGAGCUACGCAACACCGAUGGCUUACAAGACAAACUUACUGGUGAUGAGUGCCGGCAACUAUACCUUCCGUGAAUUUGUCAAAGUGGGCGCUGACACAGAAACAGACAGUGCCAAUCCUUUCCAACCGAAUAUUCUGCUCCUGGUCGCAGAAGACCUCAGCCCACGCAUCGGCAGUUUCGGUGAUGCCCUGGCCAAGACACCGAACAUUGAUCAGCUUGCCGCCCAGGGCACCCGCUAUACCAAUGUGUUCACAACCGCAGGCGUUUGUGCCCCUAGUCGCGCCGCGCUGAUUACCGGUCAGCACCAGAUCAGUUUUGGUGGCCAGCACAUGCGCACCACAACCGGUCCUCUGGGACCUUAUCUUGCACAACCUGCUGCAGGCGUAAGAGCUUUUCCAGAACUACUGCGGGCUGCCGGCUACUACACCUACACCGAUCAGAAACUGGAUUAUCAGUUCAGCAGCGUCUACGCCGGCAGUGGUCCAUUUACAAUAUGGGACGAAGACGGCGCGGUGCCGACCGCCUGGCGUAAUCGUGCACCCGGACAACCUUUUUUUGCGCUGAUCAACUUUCUGGAGACCCACGAAAGCGGCGUGAUGCAGGCCACAGGCCCGGCCCACAGCCCGGCCCACGCAGCAACCCAGAAGAUGCGCCAGGCACGCGGUCUUGUUGCACCUGCCAUCACUGAUCCAGCCGAGGUGGUGUUGCCACCCUACUAUCCGGAUUUACCUGAAGUGCGCGCUGACAUGGCGCGCCACUACGACAACAUUCACGCUAUGGACAGGCGCGUAGGAGAAAUUCUUGCCGCGCUUGAAGCAGACGGCUUGAAAAACGACACACUGAUUGUCUGGACCACCGAUCACGGCGAUGGCCUGCCGCGCGCAAAGCGAGAAUUGUUUGACUCUGGCACAAAGGUACCUUUGGUCCUGCACGUGCCAGCGGCACUCGCCGCCACAACCGCGACCGAGCCCCCAACCAGGAACGACACCGUCGAUCACCGCCUGGUGAGUUUUGUUGACCUCGCCCCGACACUGCUGGCGUUUGCCGGAGUGACAGCACCCCCUUAUCUGCACGGUGAAAAUUUUCUGACUUCGAACCGAACCUACGUUUAUGCAUCACGCGAUCGUAUCGAUGAGAUCAUGGACCGGCAGCGCAGCAUUCGCAGCGACAGAUAUAAAUAUAUAAAAAGCUGGUACCCCGAUGUUGCCGGCGGACAUCCGCUGAACUAUCGGGAUAAUCUGGAUAUGGUCAGAGUCUGGCGAAAGGCCUGGCAGGCAGGCACAUUGCCAGCCGUGCAAUUCCGCUGGUUUAAGCCCGCCGGUGCGGAGCAGCUUUACGAUAUUGUGGCUGACCCGCAUGAACUGACUAAUCUGGCGAGCUCAACUGACCAUCAGACAAUAUUGAGGGAUAUGCGCAGCGCCUUAGAUACUUUCCUCGCAGAAAUCGGCGAUACAGGCGCUAUACCGGAAGCAGAGCUGCGCGCUAUGUAUCUGCAGGACGGCGCGUUGCCACAGACACCACCCCCCUCUGUUGUCAUCAAAAACGGUAUCUUGAUCUUGACCAGCGAGAAUGAUGCAUCCAUCGGAUACCGACUAAGUAGCGCCGAACGAACAGCACAGGUUAAGCAGGAGACCAAGAGCCGCAGACGCACCAAGAAGUUGAGAAUUGGGCGGUCUCUAUUUACAGCCGCAGUGAUUGCUGUGAAGCCGCGCAGCGAAUUACCGGUUUUAAACCCAAACGGUGACAUCAUGAGCGAAGUGGACAGCAACAACCCUCGCGCCAACCGCGGCGACAUUUUUACCCGAUCAAAUGAAGAACUGCUGGCCGAGUGGGCCAUCGACACCUCCGUCGACCCGGCAACCAUACCCCUUAGCGAACUAAAUCCGGGCCACCCCGACCUGUUUGAAGAUGCCAGACAAAUGCCCUACUUCGGCCGCCUGCGCGAACAAGACCCCGUGCAUUACACUGAAGUCAGUCAAUUUGGACCCUAUUGGUCCGUGACCAAAUUUGAAGACAUCAUGUAUGUCGACAGUCACCACAACCUGUUUUCUUCAGAUUUUCGCAAAGGCGGUAUCUCUCUCGGCGGUGUUGCACAGCCUGAAGGUGCUGAUGAUUUUGAUCUGCCGAUGUUCAUCCAGGAAGAUCCGCCAAAACACGAUCAACAACGCAAAGUUGUUGCGCCUAUGUUUACCCCGUCAAAACUUGCGGGCCUGGAAGAUCUGAUUCGCAAACGCGCCUGCGCCAUAUUAGACAAUCUCCCACGCAACAAAGAAUUCAACUGGGUAAAAGAGGUCUCCGUUGAACUCACCGGUCAGAUGCUGGCCACUUUGUUCAACGUGCCCCAGGAAGACCGGCAUAAACUCAUUUACUGGUCUGAUGCGGUGCAGAAUCUGGGUAAUCCAGAAUUUUUUGCCACCAUCGAAGAGGGCUUUGGCGAGCUGUGGAAGUGUUACGAGUAUUUUGCAGCCGUCUGGCAGGAGCGUCUGGCGCAAAAUGAGCCCGGCGACGACCUAAUCUCCAUGCUCGUGCAUGGCGAAGCCACACGUGAUAUGCCACCAAACGAAUACCUCGGCAACAUUCUGCUGCUUAUAGUUGGUGGCAAUGACACCACGCGUAACUCCAUCAGUGGCGGUGUACUUGCGCUUAAUCAGUUUCCCGAGCAGUACAACAAACUGCGCGCAGACCAUAAUCUGAUCAAUACCAUGGUGCCUGAAAUCAUCCGCUGGCAAUCACCGGUUGCACACAUGGCCAGAACCGCUCUGACCGACACCGAACUCGGUGGCAAGCAGAUUAAAGAAGGUGAUCGUGUUGUCAUGUGGUAUCUGUCCGGGAACAGAGAUGGUGACGCCAUAGAAAACCCGGAUGAGUUCAUCAUAGUAAUCGCCUUGGCGAGAUGCAGCUGCGUGUGUUGUGGGAAGAGAUCAUGA